AUGUAUUCGGCGUCGGCGACUUUAUCGCAGUUUCCAAACUUGCUUGGGCUCCUUGUGCACGAGUUGACAACCUUGUCGCAAGCUAUCAAACUCCUUGAAGAGGAUGGUGAAAGAAAUGAUCGUUCGAGUGGAGGAAACUUUAAAGAGUUGGAGAAGGUGGCUAAAAAGUACGAAAAGCUCGUGAAAAACCCUGCCUCGAAGAAAAUAUGGGAUAGGGUAAAGUGGGCACUUGAGUCACCGGAUCUGGAUGCAUUGCGAAAUAAGAAGCCUUCAAAAUCACGUAGUCCCACCUCUCCGACCAUCUCCGCUCUCUCGGGCGGAGCAUUCAAGGCAACAUUCAUUACGGCUUGUUUCAUGACAAAUGCCGAGUUGCAGAACCACCGGUGGUCUGCAAUCGGGGCCGAGGAAUGGAUCCAGGCGGGGAGGUGGUGGCUGGUGGGGGCUCAGAGCGAGUUGCUAGCCAACCACCGUCCGGGUUCUCUCCCCGCGAAGCAAUUAUAUACCGACCUGAUUAAGGCUUCUUGGAUCUUGCUUGAUUCUUGGCAGAGGUUGGAUGCUGUAACAAGCGAGCUUGAGCUGUUGGAGUCUUCGGGAUUUACAAAGCCCAGCUUUUCAGAAAUAGAGACCUGUGACCUGAAUAUAUGGGAGGGUCUCACGCGGGCUCCUUCCUUCCAACUUAGGCAUAGCGAUAAAACCUCUGCAGGGUCGGACAACCAAUAUCGCAAGUGGGAAACCGCAGAGGAACGAGUUCUAUUUCAGGGAGAUCAGAGUUGGAUAAUUAUCGCUACAUCUGAUAAGCUUAUAGCUGAAGAGAAAAUUAUCAAGUUGUAUCCGGGUGACCAGUCAUUGGCGUUCUCAAGCGGAAUAGAUGCAUUAUAUACGUUCAUCCUUUGGGAAUCGGGGGAUAGCCUUGCUCUUUGCAUUGAAACGCCAGCAGACUCUUUAACGCUGCAAAGGCCCUGA